GCCGUUGCUUAUAGUAUGGACAUACUUUUCUUGUUUGAGAGAGUAUCAAGAUUUUGGUCUUCUUCAGUCUGAAGCAUAUUGAACGGCUCGCUUUGUAGCUAGUGUCUCAAAUAAUGGUGUUGUCGUCCAUGAUCAUCUUCAAAAUGUCUCCACCUAGGAACGACCCGUCCGCGACUUUCAGGAGUCGAAGAACCCUAGGUGCGUGCCUACUCUUGCAUUGCUGGGUGACGUCGUGUGCCGCGUCGUUCUGCCACAAUGCAGUGUCUGACGAGUAUCAGCUGUUUGUGCAGUUGUUGGGGCACACCGGGAAGCCGCCUCCAUCCUCUAAGAGGCAGCUAGAAGAUUCGUCCACCUUAUUCACCUGUGACGCAUUCAGUUUUGAGCCAUGUUGUGGACCGAAAAACACUUGUGGCUUCGGCGCGACUUUUUGCGAGUGCGAGACUUGUGUCGACUAUAGAGUGGAACCACCUCCCCGACUACUAUUUGGUAAAGCAACGUCGGGCAUGGGAGCGUCUGCUGGAAGUCCGUCUGCUAGAAGCCUUAGUGCUGCCGCAGCGAAGACACCAG